GGUUUUGCGUCUUCUAGGCUAACUCCCCAGAUGCCAACAAAGGUCUUACUUUAGCCGAACAAGAGGAGCGUGAGUUACAGCAAGCCAUGGCUAUGUCUUUGAACCAAAACCUUGGACAACAGGAGACGGGCGUUACAACGAAUGAAGCGAAAUUUGCCCGGGCUACCCGUGACCAUUAUGAUGAAGGCGCUUGGGCAAUGACGCUGUUCGACUCCAGCGCUCGCGAGAUCAUCAUUAGUCCCGAUCCAGCAGACCGUAGGAGACGGCAAGAUGAGCCAGCUUUCAUUCGUCCGGCCCAAGACAACAUGUACCUGGGUGGGCUAUUAACAAUCCUCCAUUCUAUUCCUCUGGCGCGGGAAGCUUUUAUGUUAAGGAACCGUCUUCUUCCGGAUUAUGGCCAUGACUCACAGUGGUGGAACGGACAACCGAUUAACCUUCCCAAGGUAGUUACCAUCCACGACGCGCAGGACGGUGAUACUGAGUGGGAUGAUAUAAUCUAUGAAGUUCAGCGGAUAACCGCAUUCUUGGACUCUACAGACCGCGCUUUUGGUAGCGUUGAUGCGUUGGCAAGUCUGAAAAGCAUGGCCAGUUACGACUCGGAAGGCAGCGCCGGCAGAUUUUUGGAAUCCUGGCAAAACGCUGCAAUCCGAGCGGACCCCGACAAUCAGUUGGCAUCAGUCUUUUCAUCAACUGCCUACAAACGGCCUCUUUCGAUAUAUGACACGCCGUUGGAUAAGGAAUUCUUUCUGCUGGAUGCAUUUGUAGAGCACGACCAUGGUCAAACUCUUUACGAUGUUCUAGAUCGCACCAUGUGGUCCGAUAGACCGGGUGAAGACCUCGACGAUGUAUGGCUGGAACAUGUCGCAGAGGUCUUUACAAUCAAGCUGGAAGGGAAUGAUAAACCCGUCGAUGUGAAAAUCCCCGCAGUUUUCUACCCUGAUCGAUAUCUCUCAGCCAGUCGAGAUCUGGCGCGCGAAUUCCGUGCACAGAGGCUCCAGGUUCAUGAGAAGAUCUUCAAGCUAGAGAGUUUGAUAAACCGCUUCUCGAUCUCCAAAUCGGUCAUUCACAAAGGAACGACCUCCAGCGAGAUCCUGGAGAAAGCUGCUGCUGCUGUCUCCUUGACGCUUCCCAAGAGCCUGUCCAACGAUACGACAGCUUUCACACCCGAUUCAGCCAAUGCAGAGGCACAGAGACUAGCAAACGAACUGCGAGCAAUAUCUAAUAAAAUAGAAACCAAGCUCAAAGAACUGGAGGCCAAGAAACAAGAUGCUUUGGAAAGUCUUCGAGGCUACUCCAAAAUCCUCACUGAAGCCUCUUCGUCUUCUUCCAGCGAAUCACCACAUCACAAGUACACAUUGCGCGGCGUGUGCACCGAGCCUCAUGUGACCUACGUCUUAAGGCGUCGUUUGCCCGACGGCUCCACAAACGGAUUCGAAUCCACGACAACCGACGAGUACCAAUGGUGGCGCAUCAGCUUUUCAACAGACGAUGCAAAGAAUCGACAAGCCGAGGAAAAUCAAGAAAGCAAUGCUGCUUUACACAACUCGGAUGUCAUCGGGUACACUGCACGCAAGGUCAGGGAGGUUGAGGUUCUUCGGGCGGCCCGCGAAGAGUCUAAGAAUGUCUUGCUUGUCUACGCCAAUAGCAAUGCAGUGGACUUUUCGGGAGAGCCAGCCCCCCGCCAACUUCAAGAAUUCGUACACACAGACAACCAAGCAUUCGAGGCUGAAUGUGAGGAAGCAGGAGGUACCAAGAUUCAGACCGACCGCCAAAACCCUGCAUUGAGCGCUUCUGAACCGCUGGAUCAACAACAGGAUCGUGCGACACAGAACGUGAAUGUGUUUGACUACCAGGUUCCAUCCUUUGAUGAGGGGUUGGGCCGGGGACAGGAGAUGGAAGAAAGAAGUGGACGUCCUUUGCUCAGCCGAAGCAGCACAGCUGGACCUGUGCAACCUUCGCAGAGUGACGAUGCGAUGUGGGACCAGGUCGACGAAGAGAAGGCGACAUGAGACUUCGGAUUGGGGCCUCGACCCGUAAUUACGGUCAUGUAGAUAGAUACCAACGCUUCCGAUCUAGAUCCUCCCCUGACUAUUUAGAAGGCAUGAAAUGAGAACGAAACUAAGUUGACGAGCGGAUUAGGAUCAACAGGGUUCUGUUUGACCAU